CUAGAAAUUCACUGUCAAGCUAAGCAAAUUUAUAAGAACACAAGCUUUUUCCUUCCAUAAAAGUUUUCAACUUUAACUCAAAUUGUCAUCCUAAUUGUACUAGAAAUUCAUCUCCGGGAAAUGGUCAGAAUCGCAUACACGAUAUACGGACAUUUUGAUUUUGAAAAUGGGAUAAUUGCUGAAGAUAUGCCGGAGAGACAUAGGCUGGCGAACUUCAGCUCGGAGAGACGAGGAGACAAGAAGAAACUUACGCCGGUGAGGAAAGAAACAAAGAGAGUAGCAGCCGCAGGGCGCCGGAGGAAGGAGGGGUGACGGAGCGCCGGAAUUCGAAGGGGUCAGUCGCUGCGGGUAGCGAAUGCAGCAGAGAGUAUAGUCGCCGGAAGGGGCACGGGGACUACUAAUCGGGACAGAGAGAGCUGUCUUCGGUGGUUAGGUGAAGCAGUUGUGGCGCGCCGCCAGCGGAGAGAUUUUGCUGAGUAGGUCUUUGGUUUGUCACGCGCUUUUUUAAUCGUUAACAAACCUGUAAGACCGGCCGGACCGGCGCGGGCUCUGACCGUUUGGAGGUUGGACCGCCAAGAACGGCCCGAGUCUGUUGCUGCCUAGGCACCGUAAUUUAUGCCCGACGGCAACUUUCAAGUCUCAGCACAGUCAGAGUCUCGGAGAAGUGAUUUUGCUGGCGCUGGCUUUCCUGUCCUGCUUCUGCGAUUUGCGGGAUGGAGGGUUCAGAGGAGAUGGUAGUAGCAGUGAUCAUGGUUGGAGGACCUACCAUAGGUACACGGUUUAGACCACUCUCAUUCAACGUUCCAGAGCCACUCUUCCCCUUGGCUGGGCACCCUAUGGUUCAUCAUCCCAUUUCUGCUUGCAAAAGGAUUAGGAACUUGGCUCGAAUUCUGCUUAUUGGAUACUAUGAGGAGAAGGAAUUCACUCUGUAUGUUUCUUCCAUCUCCAAUGAACUCCAAGUUCCAGUGAGGUACUUGAAAGAAGACAAGCCACAUGGUUCAGCUGGGGGUCUUUAUUACUUUAGAGACAUUAUCAUGGAAGAUAAUCCGUCGCAUAUCUUUCUCCUGAAUUGUGAUGUUUGCUGCAGCUUUCCAUUGCCAGACAUGCUUGAGGCUCAAAGAAAAUAUGGUGGGAUGGGAACGCUACUUGUGAUCAAGGUUUCUGCUGAAUCAGCAAAUCAAUUUGGUGAACUUGUUGCAGAUCCGAAUACGAAAGAGCUGUUGCAUUAUACAGAGAAACCUGAGACAUUUGUCAGCGAUCUGAUAAACUGUGGUGUCUAUGUGUUUACACCGGAUAUCUUUACUGCGAUUGAAAGUGUGUUCGCAAACCGAGAAGACAGAGCCAAUCCCCUCCGUGACACCAGCUUUGAGUCGUUAUACUCUUCCACAAGAACCAGCGUUCCAAAGGGCUUUGUAAGGUUGGAUCAAGAUAUUUUGUCUCCCCUUGCUGGAAAGAAACAAUUGUAUACAUAUGAAACAACUGAUUUCUGGGAACAAAUAAAAGCUCCUGGGAUUUCCUUGAAAUGUUCGGCAUUGUAUCUCGCUCGAUUUCGUGCAACAGCUCCGGGUCUUUUGGCUAGUGGAGACGGGACAAAGAAGGCCAAAACUGUAGGCGAAGUCUAUGUUCAUCCAUCUGCAAAAGUGCAUCCUACAGCAAAGAUUGGUCCAAAUGUCUCUAUUUCAGCAAAUGUUCGAGUAGGAGCAGGAGUACGGCUGAUAAAUUCGAUAAUCUUGGAUGAUGUUGAGCUUAAGGAAAAUGCAGUUGUCAUUAAUUCUAUUGUGGGCUGGAAAUCGUCUUUGGGAAGAUGGGCAAGAGUUCAGGGUGAUGGAAAUUAUAAUUCGAAGCUUGGAAUAUCACUCCUUGGAGAAGCUGUGACUGUGGAAGAUGAAGUAGUGGUGACGAGCUGCAUAGUUCUUCCAAACAAGGCGAUUAAUGUCAGUGUCCAAGAGGAGAUCAUCUUGUAAAACAGACAGUAGCAGCUGAUUCGGGUUAUGGUUUCUACUUUGGCUCACUCUUGAAAGGCUAAUGGUGGAUCUUGUUGACGCAAUCUUUCAGCUAUGUCCGGUGGCGGAGCCAGGAAAUUGGCCAAGGGGGUGUCUUUAUCAUAUCAUAAAAAAUCACCUAUACAAUAGAAAAGUCAACUUUAAAUUAAACAAAAAGUCAACAACGCAAUACUCUAAACUCACACAAUUACAUUAAAAUAGUUUCACGUACACCGGUUACAACGUCAAACAAAUAAGUUCAGUACAUACAAAUCAAGACUUCCAUUCAUCAAAUAUUACAAAUUAGAACUCAGAAGUACUUUGGAAUUGAUUUUGUGAACAAACAAGUGAACUUCAAUUGGUACUUCUUCAAUUUCAACUUUGUUUAAACAAAAGACAAGAAAUUUC